AUGUCCCAGAGGAGGAUCUGCUACUGGCCGGGGCAGACGGACUGGGCUCGGGGCUGGCUGUUUCUGGACCUCGACGACAGCGACAGCGACAGCGACGACGAACUGAACGUGGCACGCCUAGGCGCGACCACGUCGUGCUAUGACCCGUCCGCGGCUCUAGACGCUUGCUGCUGUUCGUACAAUCGGCCCUGGCGCCACACUCCUGAGGUCAAGUCUGGCUUCUCCAAAAUCGAGCGCAGCAAGGACGGCUUCAAGGUUACCUUGGACGUCCAACAUUUCAAAGAAGGGGAUUUGAAAGUGAAAGUGGUCGGCAACCAGGUGGUGGUUGAGGCGGAGCACGACGAACGUCAAGAUGAGCACGGCCUCAUCUCACGCAGCCUGAGGCGCAAGUACGCGUUGCCGGAUAACGUGGAUAUCGAGAAAGUGGCAUCAGAACUAUCCUCAGACGGCAUCCUCACUAUCACUGCUCCGAAAAAGAUAAUGAAGGGACUUACUGAGGAAGAUAUUUUGAAGUUGCUUGAUGCUUCAGACUUAGAAGUAAGUGAUGAAGACGAUUGUGAAGAUUUUUUUGUGCCAGAAAAUAUUGGUGCAUAG